CUUAACCUUCCCCUUCUCUGGAACUCUCCUUUUCAACCUUGGGUUUUCACCUUCCCCUUCUCUCGAACUCUCUCCACCCUGGCGGCGACGAUUGGGCGAGCGGCGGCGCCAUUUUUCACGUCCUCGCCCAGCCCUUUGCCGGCGACGAGCGCAUCCUCCAGGUUGCAGGUUUUGAGAGCAGAACUUGUGCGCAUCUUUUGGUUAAGAGUCUCAACAAGUUUUGCCAAUGGAUCGAGUACCGAAUGGAAAGCACAAGCGUUCUGUCAACCGGUCAGAAGUUGUUGUUGUUGAUUCAGAUUCUGACUCUGAAGGUUUUGUGGAAGAGCUUACUCCUGUUCAUUCCAAGUCAAACGGGAAGGCUUCAUCUGGGAGCCUAAAAGCUGGUGGAAAGGGUUCGUCUUUCUCUAAAGGAGAAGUAAGCCAAGGAAAGGGAUACAGUGGUGGCAAAGGUGGAAAGGGCUCUUCAUCAAAUGUAGUGCUUACUAAGUCUGAUGCAGAACUAAAGCUGGAGCUUGAUAUCCCUCCAAACUCUAAGAUGCUAAUGAAUUGUGAAGCAGCUGAACUGUUGCAAGAAAUUCACGAGCAUAUGGCUAUCUUAUCAGAGGAUCCCAAAAUCAAAAUUCCUGAGUCAUUUGACAAAGCUUUCCAAUAUGCAAAAGAUGGAAACCAUUUCAGAACUGCUAGCUCUGUAAAACAAGCUCUGGAACCACUUAAAAUAUGUGGUGUUAAUGAUGGCGAGAUAUGCAUGAUAGCAAACAUUGGGCCAGAGACUGUUGAAGAGGUCUAUGCACUGGUGCCAUCUCGCAAGGCGAAUAGGUCAGUUAAUGAAGGUCCAAUCACUGAAGUUCUUGCUGCUCUCGCUAACAUAAAAGCAGUCAAGUGAAUCUCCAAUGGAGCUAGGCAGCAAUGUUGCUGAUCAAGGAACUUGGAAUCUACAAACGGCCUCCAUUACGUGUAAAAACCGUAGCAUGUGCUGCAUGAACUCUAGGAUAUCUAACUGCUGAAGUGCAGAUUCAGCUGAGUGGUUGAACUAGUCUAUUCAGCUGAGUGGUUGAACUAGUCUACUCAGAGCUGUUAAGCACUGUGCACUUGUGGCUACUAGCUUGAACAAUGAAGCUGUUGACUAGCUGACAUCUGUUUAUCUGUUGCCAUCUGUUGAUUCGUGCCU